AUGCUUGGGUGUUGCACAUACAGCAAAAGCUGCGAGAUUCCGUGUUAUGCCCUGGUUUGUCUCGUUCCUAUCCCCUCCCGUGGCGUCAUCGCAAGGUUGUUUCAAGAUGACUCUGGCCUGCCAGCGACUUGA